UCAAACAAUAUUCGGAUACAACGUUGUAUAAGGUUGGAGUUACUCGUAAAAUGCUAGGAGAAAUGGUCGUGAUGGAGAUUAUUCUGGCUGUUGUAUUUAGUGGAUCAGUGUUCACAGCACCAACCAACCAAAACGUACAAGUAGAACCAGAAGCUGUAGUUGUACAAUUCGAAAAUAAAAGUAAUGAGACUGGAACAUAUUCGAUCAAGUACGAGAUGAGCAAUGGUAUAAUUCAUUAUGAAACUGGUAGUCUCUCAAAUGAUAGUCACCACCAAGCUCAAAACGUUGAAGGAACUUACUGGUUUGUGGGACCAGACAAUAUUACGUAUGAGAUCAAUUAUAGCGUCUUUCCAAACCUCUUUUCACCGCAUAUCGGAAAAGGAACUGGAAUAAGUUUUAAAUUACUUCAAUCGUCCAUUGGAUAAGAAAUAUGAAAAUCAUUAUUUAGACGAGGAAAGAACUUAUUAAUGGUCAGCUUGCAACGAUUUUAUUGAAAACGAAUAAAUUUAUUGU